GGCGAAGGCGACACUGACAUGUUGGCAACGGAAGGCGAGAGUGUGCACGAGGAGUUCCUAGAAGAAGAGGGGGGAGGGGAGGGCGAGUCCGUGCUGUCGGAGUACGACGAUGAAGACUUCGUGUCCGGCGCCGUGACCAGCGUAGAUUCCUCCAUGCCGUACGACCUGUUCGAGUUCGAUCACUCGUUCGGCUACGACUGCCGCAAGGUGCUGAACCUGUGCGCCGCGGACGCCGGCGUGGUGUGCUGGGCCGCCGGCAGCCUCGUCAGCUUCCUGGACGUGGGCACCGGGCAGGCGUGGAGCCGGCGCACGUCCACCGGCGGCUCUAUCGGAUAUAUUGCUUCGUACCGUAAGGACCCGCACUACCGGCUGGCGGUGGCGGAGGGCCGCGAGGGGCGCCGCGAGCCACUCAUCCUCCUCUACACGUGGCCGCAGAUGGAGAUAGAUGCGGUUCUACGUGACGGCACGGCCAACGCUUAUGCGGCACUGGAUUUCAGCCCAAAUGGUGAACUGCUAGCGUCAGUCGGUAAGGAGCCAGACUACAACAUCACUAUUUGGAACUGGAGGCGACACAAGAUUCUCUUGAGAACCAGCGCCUUCACUUUCGAUGUGAAUACUGUCGUCUUUUCUCCGUAUUGUCCUGGACAACUUACGACUGCUGGUGCAGGCCAUAUAAAGUUUUGGAAAAUGGUGCACACUUUCACUGGGCUAAAACUUCAAGGUGAUCUGGGGAGGUUUGGAAAGACUGAAAUCUGCGAUGUACUUGGUGUUUAUCCUAUGCCCGAUGAAAAGGUGCUCUCAGGCUGUGAAUGGGGCAACGUGUUGGUGUGGGAGGCCGGCCUCGUGAAGAUUGAAGUCACGCAGCGAGGCAGGAAGCCAUGCCAUCAAGCCCCUAUCGUGCAGUUCAUGCUGAGCGGUGCCGGCGACGAGGUGACGACGGUGGCGCGCGACGGCUGCGUGCGCGCCUGGUACUGGGACUCCGUGGAGCAGGCCGACCCGCCCGAGGACGACCCCUUCGUGGAACUCAACCCCGUCGCGGAGACUUGCGUCCCGGGCUGUGAAAUUAUGUGCCUGAAACACCAGAAAGACAUGUUCUGGUACGCUCAAGACGGCAACGGUGGUAUCUGGACAGUGGAGUUGGAGCUUGACAAUAUCCACUGCGAGCACCGGAAGGUGAUGACGAGCCACGCGGGCGCCGUGGUUGCCAUGGCGACCCUGAGAUCACACCCUCUGCUGCUCACCGCCGGGGUGGACGGCUGUCUCCACGCCUACAACACAGACACGAAUGCGCUGGUGGUGAAGUACACGUUCCCCACGGCUAUAACGUGCUUGUUGUACCCUACGGUUGAUGUUGAUCCAUCGUCUCGCAUAGUGCUAGUUGGUUUUGCUGAUGGUAUCAUGAGAAGUUUACUAUUACACCCUGAAAGGAUACACGAUAACAUAUCAUUUAUAGAAAUCACAAUUCAUUCUAAUAGAUCUAUAAUAGGUGACGCUACAGAUAUUGGAGUUAUAGAAACUAUAUCCCUGCUAAAGCCACAUUCAAAGGCAAUAACGCAAAUAACUAUCAACCUUCAAAGAACUUUACUAAUCACAUGUGGAGAAGACACCACAAUAUUCAUGUACCAAUUAGUAUUGGGAAAGCCCUUUGAAUUACAUCGACUUGGGUUUAUUGAAACCCCUAAAAAUAUCCAACACAUGACAUGGAAACCAGAAGAGGAAAGAGUCAUUUUACUAUGUGGCCAAGAAGGACUGGUUAUGGAGGCAGUUUUACCAGACGUUCCGUUAAAGGAAUAUGACGAAAUCACGACUUUCAAACAGGAAUUUGAUUCCUACAAGGAAGUAAUCAUUAAAAAACAUAUUUUGCAGCGCCGCCCAUUUCCAACUGAAGAAGAUUUGGCUAGUUUGGAUGAAGAAGCCCUGAAAGCCAGAGAUGAAGCUGAAAGAGAAGACGAUGAUGAUGAAGAAUGGAUCGGACCAAUUGAACUUCUGGAAUCUGAGGAUAAACAUGGUCCAACUGUAACUUGGGCGGAGUAUUGUAGCGAGGGUGUGUGGGUGGUGCAGCGAGGCACCGGCGCACUACUGCUCGUGAGGCCGGGAAACCCUGACAUUCACAAAUACGCCCCCAUACCAGAUUCCUGGGCUGACGACCUCACUACUCUACGUUUUGUUUGUGAAAAGAAGUAUCUUCUGUUGGGCACAAAUAACGGUUACAUUCGAAUGCUACGGAUGCCAACUAAAGAAGAGGAUAAUCCCAAAUUCCACUACGAGAGCUGGGUGGCUUCUAAGCAGAAACUUAUGAAGAAGUUGAAAGGAAGACGUUUAGCCAAAGAAGAGCCUCAGCCCAUCCCGAGAAUAGACUUCACUGAUACUUACUACCUUCCUAUGCAUGAUCGUUAUACAGGUAGUAUCACUGGAAUGGAAUUUAGUUGUGAUGGCCGGAAACUUUUCACUUGCGGCAGAGAUGGUAAUAUUUUCAGCUAUACUGUAAACUUCCCAAUGCCAUUGGUGGAAGUAAAAGAAUAUCCACGCUUUGAGAGUAUUACAGCCAAAAAAGCACAAGAGCCUUCUACGGUGGAUGGGGAAAUGAUGUCUCAUGAAGAGUUAAAACAAAAAGAAGAAUAUGACAAAAUGAUGGCUAUUGCUAAUGCACACAAGAAAAAAAUGCGAGAUACUCUCUCUCAACUGAGCCUUGAAUACAACAAAAUUAUUAAAGCAAACCGUUUGCUGCCAGUUUCGCAACAAAUUGACUUAACUUUAGAUCCGAGACCCUUGAAAGCACAAGAAGAUGAAUUAGAUGAAGCCAAAGCGUUGACAAUAAGAAAAUUAGCUCACCAACUGGAAGCCUCUAAUAUAGGGUUGAAUAAAAUGCAUUCAAGAUACAUUAUCAUGCUGGAUGUGUUCCCUUUUGCUCUUACAGCUAUCAGGGACCCCAGUAUAAUACUUCGACCACUGCGGCAAAAAAAUCUUUCGAAAGAUUUCGAAGACCAACUGGCUGAAGUCCACCAAAAAAUGGCAGAGGCUGCUUUACGAGGACGACGCGCGGACGUAUUAACUCGCAAGCCGAUGGCUCGGCGGCCCUCCUGGGCUGCCCCGCGCGCGGCGUCCUUCCUGCUGGGGCUGCCCCCGAAGCCUCCACAUCCACUGAAGAAAGCCAUCCGCAACUACUACCAGCGGCUACAUCGACAUCAUAUGCAAUUCAUGGAGUGGCAAGAGCACCUGUCCCGCAAGCCGGACCCGAACGCCCUUCCCCCCGGGGCCGAGGAGGCGCUGCGGGAGGCCGAGGCGACCAUCGGCAACCGGGUCCUGAAGACGCAGCCCGACUACGUGGCGCCGCCGGGACACAACACGCAGUUGCGACUGUGUCUUACCAGGAAAGAGGUUUACGAAACCAAAAGAAGUUUCAACGAGAAGGUUCUAGAGCUCCGAGAAGCCAAGGUGAAGUUGGUAUCUAAAAUGAAGCAGAUUGGAGAACGCCUACUGGAGAUUAGGGCGGAAAUACCGUCCAAACUGGUGAAGCAACCUCCCCCUGUGCCGUCCAUUGAUUAUGAAUUGGAGUUCCCAGAGAAAAAUCUGAAGGUGAACCCAGAGCCGAUAAUAGUACCGAUGGGUGCCAGAUCUAAACCUUCAAUGGAUCGCAGAAAGUCCCUGUUUCCACAGGCAAGAAUAAAGGAGCCAAGAGUUCCUAAAUUUGUCACACUUAUGGAGAGUAAACCACUGGCGGCCACUUGGGAGAUGUUGAGGCCUAGAACAGAUGCAGAAUUUUCGGACGUUGAGAUAGAAGUACGGGAGCGGCGUAUAAAGAGGCAUUUAUACGAGCAAGAUAUGUUGAUAGCAGAUGCUGAAGCAGCAGUUACUGAGUUUGAUGCUCGGCUGGUUCAAUUGCAACGGGAACGAAUUAGGGUUCAGGAGAAGAACGAGCUGCAGCAGCUGCACCUGUACCAGCUGCACCAGGAGAUGAACGUGCUGAACCGCUUCGAGGCGCACGAGGACCGGCUCGCCGAGAGGGUCUACGGGAAACUGAUGCAGGUGAGAGCAGUGCAAGAGCAGAUCGCAGACUGUGAGCAGCGCAUAGAUGAGCAUGCAGACGAACGGGAGCGGCUGGAGGCUGAGUGCGAGGAGAUCCACCACCAGUUCAAGAAGCUGGUGCAGGAGAGCAAGUUCGCCGACUUCCUGAGACGCAUCUUCAAGAAGAAGUACCGCCCGCCGCGAGACCUGGAUGAUGAUGAUACAUCAGAGUCCGAGUCAUCGUCAUCAUCGUCGGACGAGGACUCGGGCAGCCUGGACAGCUACGACAUCGGGCCCAUCCGGCUCGACCCCACGGUCUGUCCGGAGGGCUGCGAGCAAGAGAUUUACGAUCAGACUUACGACAUGAGGAACAGCAGACACAAGCGAGAACAAGAAAUAAUAGAAAAUGAUCGUCUAGUGGAGCUUCUAAAGAAAGAUAUUGAAGCUCAUGAAAAAGUGAAAAAGAAGCUCUCGGUGCAACUGGAAGAGAGAAAGAAUGAAUUAAAAGAAUUUAUGCUGGAGAAGCAAAACUGCCUGAACCAAGUGAGCACCGUGGUGGUCCUGCGCUACGACCAGAUCCGUGCGCGUGCGCUGGCGGAGUGCGCGGGGCCGGAGGGGCUGAGCCGCGCCGUGGUGUUCCCGCAGCGAGUGCUCAAGCAGCUCCGGUCCAGGGUGCUGGAGCUGCAGCAGGAGAUACUGCUGCAGAAGGAACGACAGAAAAUCAACCGCACGCAUCUGCACCGCAUGAACAUCGACCUGCGGGUGAUGGACGAGACGGCCAAAGACUUGAGAGCUCAGAUGAAGGACGUGCUCACGAAGAAACUGGGGAAACCGCGAAAAGUCGACAAGACUCUGGACGACUUGCUGAAACAAAUGGCGCGAAGACACAAGUACAUGGCCACGAUGGACUUCGUGCCGCAGCUGCUGCAACAGAUACGGGAUUGGAAGAAACGCUACUCGGAACAAGAAAAGUUAUAUUUCAAGUGUUUGGAAGAAUCAGCGGAACGGCUGCGGCUAGCUGCCGCUAUACAAGCUGACGUCAUGCCGAAUAAGCCCCUGUCGUCGGCGUCGGUGGGCGCGUACAGCCCGGAGCAGUACCGCUGCGACGUGGUGCGCCUGCGCAUAGUGCGCGCGCAGCAGCUGCACCAUAUACAGGAAAUCAAGGACGAGAUCACGGGCCUGCGCGUGAAGCCGCUCACGAAGGAGAGCUCCCCGCCCCCCGCCGCCUCCCCCUCGGACCUGGACCCCUCCCCCGUGGACCUGGCCCUGCCCCCGCGCCGCCUGUACCGCGGCAAGAGAUACUUCCCCAUAACGCCUCUGGGCUCCUCGACGAACCUGCAGCAGUCCGUGACCAUCGUGAAGCUGCUGCACGACAGCUUGGACCUCAUGCGGCUGGACCGCGCCGAGGCGCCCGAGCUGCUCGAAGACUUCACCGCCGCCUUGCCGGACAUACUCUCGGGAAACGUGACACGCUACGAGGUCUUAGACGCGCUGGUGAAGAAAUGGCUGCAGAAGCGCGGCGGCGACCCAGCCGGCUACAAGAAGCAGACCAAGGCCUUCGACGCGCUCGCCCUGUUGCUGGACAGGCUUAUCCACGACCAUGUAGAGGCGGUGCAAGGCGAAGAGCAGCAGAUGAGCUUGGAGCUGCGUCAGCAGCUGGAGGCGGCGCUGCGCGGCGUGGCGGGCGAGGGCGCGGAGGACGAGGGCACCGGGCUGGGCGUGCGCCUGGCGCGCUGCCUGGCCGCGCUGCUGCACUCCGCCAGCCAGGCCGAUAUAGAAACUGAAGAAACAAUGACGACUCUUGUGAACUCAUUGAUGAGUGAUAAAGGAUUGGAUGCAGAAUCUGUGAAUAAACUUAGCAUUCCAGAUAUUGUGAGCGAAAUCAAGGAGUGCGGCAUCGACGCUCCGGACGAAGACCUCGCCCGGCUGGUGGCGAUGGCCGUGGGCAGCCUCCAGGCCCAGGUGCUGUCUCCGGAAGAGACGAGGGACAUUGAUGAAGAGGUACAGAAGACCAUGGACCGAGAAGUUGAGUCAGUGAAGUCGUUAUCGAGAGCCAGCAGUCUCGCGGGGGACGGCCGCAGAGCUUCAGUAACCCGACAGUCCUCCACGCAAGACGAACCACCAAGCCGACGGUCGUCCAAGGAUGAUCAUCCGUCAAGCCGAACAUCUUUGAAGCAAGUAGAUCCACCAACACGACAAAGCUCAAAGGAAUUACACCCAAUAAGCCGGCAGGCGUCUAAAGAACAUCCAAUAAGCCGACAGGCGUCUAAAGAACAUCCAUUAAGCCGACAGUCCUCUAAAGAACAUUCACUAAGUCGACAGCCCUCUAAAGACGAUCAUCCACUUAGCCGACAGGUUUCCAAGACAUCAGAUCAUGCGAUAAGCCGAGAUGCAUCCAAAGAAGAGCAGCCAUUAAGCCGACAGACCUCUAAAGAACAUUCACUAAGUCGUCAACCAUCAAAAGACGAUCAUCCACUAAGCCGACAGGUUUCCAAGACAUCAGAUCAUGCGCUAAGCCGAGAGGCAUCCAAAGAAGAGCAGCCAUUAAGCCGACAGACCUCUAAAGAACAUUCACUAAGUCGUCAACCAUCUAAAGACGAUCAUCCACUAAGCCGACAGGUUUCCAAGACAUCAGAUCAUGCGCUAAGCCGAAGGGCAUCCAAAGAUCAGCCAUCAAGCCGACAGGCCUCUAAAGAAGAUCAUACCGCAACACAACAGGCCUCCGGGCAUGACGAGUCAGGAGGCGAAGAAUUUCACUAAGAUUAAUUUUAUUUAUUAUUGUAGGUAAUUUGAAUAAUGAUCCGAAUAAACAGUAUUUUAGUUUGUAAUCA